AUGAACGACGAAACGCUCUCGUCCCAGCAAAGUAGCGAAGAACAUGAUCAACUAGCGCGUAGCACGAAGAAGACGAAGACGUCGACGGAAUCUCCCAUGGGGGAAGUUCCGCACGCUGUCAACGGGACUUCGAACGAGGCAACAGGCAGUGAAAACCAGUUUACCGACGACAUCGAUCUGGUCUCCGAGGAUGAGGAGGAUCCAGACGACGAUAUGGACGCUACCUGCCCGGUCAUCAGGCUGACCAAAGAGGAAAAGGUGCGCUUGAGAAGCAAAUGGAAGCAAACUCUUAUCGUGAAGGUGAUGGGAAGGAACGUUGGCUACGGAUAUCUCCUCAGGCGACUGACUGCUUUGUGGAAGCCGAAGGCAAGGAUGGAGCUUGUUACUGUUGAUAACGGGUAUUUCUUAGAGAAAUUCUCCUCUGUAGAUGAUUAUGAGUUCGCUAAGUAUGGAGGACCAUGGAUGGUCCUUGAUCAUUACCUCAUAGUCAAGGAGUGGGUGCCAAACUUUGAUCCAUUCACAGAGACAACUGAGAGAAUGAUUGUUUGGAUCCGCUUCCCAUGUCUGCCAGCAGAAUAUUUUGACCACAAAUUCCUGAUGAGAGUGGGUGACAAGGUUGGCCGAGCGAUAAACAUAGAUACCGCAACCAGUCUGGUGUCGAGGGCAAGCUUUGCGAGGGUUUGCGUUGAAGUAGACAUCACGAAGCCUUUGCUUGCCAAGUUUACUUUGAGGAACAGAGUCCGGCCUAUUGUGUACGAAGGGCUUCACCUCAUCUGCUUCAAGUGUGGAACAUACGGGCACAAUGCGGAGGGCUGUAGCUUGAAUCAGAAAGAUGAAACGGCUCCAGGCAUGUCCGUCGACGGAAUCACCCAGCCGGAAAUGUCCUCCGGCGAGAGCAACGGUCACAAAGAAGCUGGAAAUGGUAAGAAAAUAACAGCGAAGGAACCUGCCUUAUUUAGGCCCGAGGUGAUAGAAGAUUAUGGUAUGUGGAUGAUUGCACCAAAACCAAAGAGAAAUUACUCCAAAAAUCAGGGACCAAAGAAUCAGGAAGGGAAGGAAAAUAGAAAGAAAAAUGUCCAAGAAUAUGGAAAAGCAAAAGAAAAUAGCGGUGCAUUUGGGUCGAGGUUUGUAACGUUAGAUGAUGACACUGAGGAUCAGGAGAAUGCAGAAACCUCACGUGACCAAAGUGAGAAAACAACCCGGGUCCAAGAAGCCAAAAAACAGAGCCCAAUAAGAGGAAAAAGAACGACAGUGCAAGUUUCUGAGAAACAAAUUAUGGGUAACAAUGCACAUGGGCUGCACAAGAAACAAUUUGAGACUGGAGAAACGAGCAGGAAACAGAGCGCCAACAAGAGAACCUCUAACAAUUAG